AUGCUUAGAAGAUCACAGGGACCACCUACUCACGACCUCGAUCUCGACAUUGACCGCACUCUAAGGCGAGUGAGGAGACUAUUUGUUGAACAAACGGGUGAGGAGGAGGAGUUCUUUGAUUCUUCUAGUGAUAUUUCUUCAGACAUGGGGGAUGCCAAUGGCGCUCUUUUUGGUGACUUUGGUAAUCCGGGUAGUCAUGAAUUGCAAUGUGGGAUUCUACUUCCUACAACGGAAACAAAUUUCACUAUCCACCCGCACUACACUCAAAUGGUGCGUGGAGAUCAAUUUUCUGGAGCAGCUCAUGAAGAUCCGAUAGAGCAUUUGGACAAAUUUCUCGAGACAUGUGCUUUAAUCCAAACCAACCAAGUCACUCAAGAAUACAUCCGGAUGCACCUUUUUCGGUAUUCGCUCACAGGCAAGGCUUAUAGGUGGCUCAAAAACCUAAAGCCCGGCUCGUUGGCCACAUGGAGAGACACGGCCAAAGCUUUCUUGAACAAGUUCAUUCCCGAAGACAAAUCAACCGAAUUGAGGCAGAAAAUUUCAUCAUUUAGGCAAGAAAGGUAUGAAUCUUUGGGGGAAGCUUGGGACCGGUUUAAAGAGUAUGUGAGAGCUUGCCCACACCAUGAGUUUGACAAGCAACUUCUCAUCAAGUUCUUCUAUGAUGGUCUUGACGACAUACCCAAGCAAAAUUUGAAUUCCGGAUGUGGUGGACAUAUUAGCAAGGUGCCUCAAGCUCAAUUGGAGGACACCAUAGAGGAAGUUGUGAGGUACUAUUCUACGAGUGGUGGAAGAAGAAGAGGUGAAGAGAGAGCUUCGGGCAAAUUCGAGCUUGAUCAAGGUUCACUCAAGGCUCUUAUGGAACAAGUCAUUGACAAGAAGCUGGGAAAUAGCCAAGGGUCUUCAUCUUCCUCCACCAAUCAAAUACACUCUUUCUCUUGUGAGAAUUGUGGGGGUACCAACCAUGAUAUAUCAUAUUGUGGUGGUCGAGACCCCGAACAUGUAGCGGCAAUGGGGUACAUGAACAAUCAACGUGAUAAUUGGAGAGCCCCCAAUGCCAAUUAUGGUAAUAGAUUUCAAGAUGCAAGUGGCCCAAGCCACAACACGGGUCAAAUGGCUCCCUUUCCAAAUCCAAAUGCUAGCAAUCACCCUAGAGCACCAUUCAAGCAAGGACCACCCAACCAAUUUCAGAAUUUCUAA